AUGACAGGCUCGCUCCUCACUGGCUAUGCCCAGGCUCUUUUGUCCAAUCAGCUGGGCCAGGCGGAGUUCUAUGUCACGAUGAAAUUGGAUCCGUCAAGUCAACAUGGCACCGACAUGAUCUCCGUCUUUGGAGGUAUCUUCUUCGCAGGGGGGUUCAUUGGAACCCUCUUCACUGCCUGGACAUCCGAGGUCUGGGGCCGCUUGCGUGGAUUCCAGAUUGCGGCCUUCUCACACGUCGUCGGUGCUGUGAUUCAGACCGCCUCCAUGAACCAAGCUAUGUUCACGGUCUCGCGGUUCCUCUGUGGAUUUGCAACGGGACAGACAUCGGCCGCCAUGGUGGCGUACUACUCUGAGAUCAGCUUGCCGAAGACUCGGGGCUUGAAUACAGGCCUUCAUGCCCUGUUAAUCGAGCUUGGAGCUGUUGCCGCUUCGUGGAUCGGGGUCGGAUGCUUCUAUUCUACGAUCGGGACAUUUGGUUGGAGAUUUCCAGUCUCCCUGUCGGUCCUGAUUGGACUCAUCUUCCUUGUUGUAUCAUUCUUUCUGCCAGAGAGUCCUAGGUGGUUGGUGCGCUACGGAAAGUUGGACGAAGCAUACAUUAUUUUGCAGAACCUGCACAGAGCCGCCACCUCUCAUGACGAGACGAUUGCGGCACGAGAGUUUGAGCAGAUCAAAUUACAGAGCGAAGCCGACGCUGUGGAAGUGGCCAAGCACGGAAGAUGGAAAGCGCUCUUUGUCCAAGCUGCAUACAGGAAGCGAUUGUUGAUUGGCUUUGGCGUGGUAUGCUUCACACAGAGCUGCGGCUUCCUGGUCAUCUACAAUUACGGUGUCAUGCUGUACAGCUCUCUAGGUCUUAGUACCGCUGAGGCACUGAUGUCGACUUCGGGUUGGAUCUCCUGGACCGGAGUGUGCAUCCUUAUUGGGAAUGUGACUGUCGAUCGCAUGGGACGCCGACUGUCUUUGAUAAUCGGCUUCAUUGGGCUGGCUAUCUCGCUCGCCAUCUUCACAGCCUGUCUCAAAUACUUCCUCGACACCCAGGACAACAAGUAUGCUGUGCCCGCAGUGACUUUUCUCUACAUUACCGCUCUUCCAUUUGGAGCUUGUCUCGACAACAAUCAGUUCACCGUCGUGAGCGAAAUCUUCCCCAACCACUUGCGCACGCUGGCCAGCUGUCUCUGCAUUAGCGGGCUCUAUUUGAUGCAGACUCUUUGGCUCAACGUCGCUCCUACAGCCAUGAAUACCAUUUCUUGGAAGUUUUAUUUGGUCUUCAUCAUCCUCAGUUUCUGUGGCGCUAUCCAUGUCUACUUCUUUCUCCCCGAGACCAAAAAUGUGCCUCUGGAAGAGCUUGAUGCUCUGUUUGGUCACGAAAUUGCUAUACGCCUGGAGGAUGUCCACCUAGAGUCUCCGCAGCAGGUAGAAGUGAAGGGAAGCAAAUUGGCUGUCCACGAGGAGUGUGGGAGAAGUUUGUGA